AUGGCUAAUGGUAAUUAUCGCCAAGAGUUCCACUCUGAAAACUCACCGAAACACCCGAAGCCUGAAGAUCAAGACAUGAUGAACGACCUGCCUGACUCGCCAGCCUCUCGCUUCAUACACUUCAACGUCGACAGCCAGAAGAAAAUACGAAGAUACUUCGAGUUGGCUUCUCUAGUGCCCACAUUUACAGGACACCUGCCACUGAUCGGGCAUUUACAUAAAGUUAUCGGAGGAAGCGAACGAUUCUGGGAAGACGUUAAAGAAGCCAGCGAUGCGGCUGAGAAAUCUGGAGGCAUCACAACUCUGUGGGUUGGGCCCAAAGCCAUAUUCUCAGAAACCGCCGUUGGCAUUUCUCUGGACGACCAAUCGGUCAUCGACAGUGAAUACAAGAAAGCUAUUGCAGUCGCCUUCGAGGGUUCCGCUCAGAGAUUGGGGAAAUUCUGGCUUCACCCCGACUUCCUCUAUCAGUUCUCUGGACUUCGGAAACGCAUUGAAGAAGCGGUGGCUGUCAUUCGCAACAUGUCCAAAACCGUAUUUAACAAAAGACGAGCAGAAAGGGAGCAAACUAAACUCGCCACAACGUCGUCACGUCGCUUCUUGGCGUUCCUCGAUCUGCUUCUAGACCUGGGGGAUGAGGGAUCGUUCACAGACGAGCAGAUCUUGCGUGAGCUGGACGUGUUCAUCGCAGCCGGCCUGGCCACCUCAGCGCGGGUGCUCGUCUCCGUCAUGGUGUUCAUUGGGACUUAUACGGACGUGCAAGACAAACUAUACGAGGAGAUAAUCUCGGUUCUCGGCCCCAGUUCGUAUUUGGGAAAAGAAGAUAUGUCGAGACUCGUGUAUGCGGAGGCGGUCAUAAAGGAAGCUCUUCGUCUCAGCCCGGUUAUACCAGUCAUUGGACGGGAAGUGGACAAAGAUAUCAAACUUAAGAACUACACUCUCCCAGCUGGUAGUGGCUGCGCGGUGGUGUUCUGGGGUAUUCACCGACUUCCAAUCUGGGGCGCGGACCGUCUGCAGUUCAGGCCGGAGCGGUGGCUGGAACCCUCCAGGGUGCCGAGUAGCCCCGGCGCGUUCUGCGGCUUCAGCUUGGGAAGGAGGAACUGCAUUGGAAAACCUUAUGCAUAUAUGGUUGUGAAAACCAUGCUGGUCCACUUGGUGCGUAAGUACCGAGUUUCAGCUGACUACAGCAAGGUGAAACUGAAGUUCGAUCUGGUACUCAAGUACGGACAACACAUAUCGUUACAACUGAGGGAAUAA